AUGACCAAGCCUGUGUCCACCACUCAGCGGGGUGUAUUACGAUUAGCAAAGGCACUUGGAUCUUGCUCUGAAACGGCAGCAGUAUAUGGUGCAUGCAUCAGCAAGACGUUUGCUGAUACUCAGCAAGGAUCUUGUUCAGUAGAGUUUGCUGCAUUCAAAGAAUGUUAUACAAUUGCAUUGCGUAGAAAAUGA